AUGGAUGAACUGUUCAGAGAUUGUCCUUCAAACCAAACUUAUCGUUCCAAAACCAUACAGAAUGAAAUACUGGAAAUAUGCGGUGAAAUGAUAACCGAAAUACUUGUUGGCGAAGUUAAACAAGCAAAGUUUUUCUCUGUACUAGCUGAUGAAGCAACUGAUUGUUCUAAUGUUGAACAUAUGACAGUAGUCCUACGAUUUGUGGAUAGUUUAUUCAAAAUACGGGAGGAAUUCCUUGGUUUUGUUCUGUGUCAGAAAGGUCUGUCUGGGGAAGCUUUGGCGCAAGAAAUUUCUAAUUUUAUCAAAAGCAUUGGACUACGUAUGGAAGAUUGUCGUGGUGAAGGGUAUGAUGGAUGUUUUAAAUCUUUGCAUCGCCUCUUCUUGCCAAAUACCAAUAAUUCGAGACAUGAUGGAUAACAUCCGUAGUGUGUCCAAUUUUUUUAACGACUCGCCGAAGCGCACCCCGAUUUUAAAGGCAAAAAUCAAUGAGAUUAUACCUACUGCAAAACAACAAAAGCUGCUGAAUGUUUGCCGGACGAGAUGGAUAGCAAGAAUUGAUUGGCUGAGAAUUUUCAGAAACUGCUACGUCGCUAUUCUCGCAGCAUUAGAAGCGAUUAACAAAGACAGAUCUAAUGAGCCAGAUGUACGCCAAAGAGCUGUUGGUAUGAGAAAAGCGAUGAAGGAAUUUGAAUUCAUCGUCUGUCUUGUUCUGGUCGAGCGUUGUCUGAAGUGCACAAAGCCAUUGACCCUUCAACUUCAAUCUGCAUCACUUGAUGCUGGGAAAGCUCGGGAGAAAGUGUCACUCUUAUAUCUAACGAUAGACAAACUUCGCGCCGACAUUGAUCAAACCCACGAUACCUUCUACCAAAUGGCAGUCAAUUUGGCCAAAGAAGUGAAGAUUGAUCCAAAUAAGAGAACGAUAGAUCGUCAAGUGCAUCAGUCAAGUGAAUGUUCCAGCAGAUACUACAUCCGAAUAUCAUAA